AUGGCGGCGUGUGGACGUGUACGGAGGAUGUUCCGCUUGUCGGCGGUGCUGCAGCUGCUGCUGCUGCUCGCGGCGGCUGGGGCCCAGAAACUACCGGGCCAGGGAGGCCACAGCCAAGGCCAGGGCCUGGGGGGCAACUUUGUGCCCUAUGUAGGACAGGCUGGAGGCGGCGGGCCGGCGGGUCAGCAGCUGCUCCAGCUGCCUCAGUCUUCUCAGCUCCAGCAGAAGCAGCAGCAGCAGCAGCAGCAGCCUCCGCAACAGCAGCAACAGCAGCCGCCGCAACAGCAGCAGCAACAACCACCUCAGCCGCCGCAGCCGCCUUUCCCGGCGGGUGGGCUUCCGGCCCGGCGGAGCGGAGCGGGGCCCGGCGGGGCCGGCGGGGGCUGGAAGCUGGCGGAGGAAGAGUUCUGCAGGGAGGACGUGACCCGUGUGUGUCCCAAGCACACCUGGAGCAACAACCUGGCGGUGCUCGAGUGUCUGCAGGACGUGAGGGAGCCUGAAAAUGAAAUUUCCUCAGAUUGUAAUCAUUUGUUGUGGAAUUAUAAGCUGAACCUAACUACAGAUCCCAAAUUUGAAUCGGUGGCCAGAGAGGUUUGCAAAUCUACCAUAUCGGAGAUUAAAGAAUGUGCUGAUGAACCAGUAGGUAAAGGUUACUUGGUUUCCUGCUUGGUGGAUCACCGUGGCAACAUCACUGAGUACCAGUGUCACCAAUACAUCACCAAGAUGACGGCCAUCAUUUUCAGUGAUUACCGUCUUAUCUGUGGCUUCAUGGAUGACUGCAAAAAUGACAUCAACAUUCUGAAAUGUGGCAGCAUUCGGCUUGGAGAAAAGGAUGCACAUUCACAAGGUGAGGUGGUGUCAUGUUUGGAGAAAGGCUUGGUGAAAGAAGCAGAAGAAAGAGAUCCCAAAACUCAAGUCUCUGAACUCUGCAAGAAAGCCAUUCUCCGAGUAGCUGAGCUGUCCUCAGAUGACUUUCAUUUAGACCGGCAUUUAUAUUUUGCUUGCCGAGAUGAUCGAGAGCGUUUUUGUGAAAAUACACAAGCUGGUGAAGGCAGAGUAUAUAAGUGCCUCUUCAACCAUAAAUUUGAAGAAUCCAUGAGUGAAAAGUGUCGAGAAGCACUAACAACCCGCCAAAAGCUGAUUGCCCAAGAUUAUAAGGUCAGUUAUUCAUUGGCCAAAUCCUGUAAGAGUGACUUAAAAAAGUACCGGUGCAACGUGGAAAACCUUCCUCGGUCCCGAGAAGCCAGGCUCUCCUACCUUCUGAUGUGUCUGGAGUCAGCUGUGCACAGAGGGCGACAAGUGAGCAGUGAGUGCCAGGGGGAGAUGUUAGAUUACCGACGCAUGCUGAUGGAAGACUUUUCUUUGAGCCCUGAGAUCAUCCUGAGCUGUCGGGGCGAGAUUGAACACCACUGUUCUGGAUUACAUCGAAAAGGGCGAACCCUGCAUUGUCUGAUGAAAGUAGUUCGAGGGGAGAAAGGGAACCUUGGAAUGAACUGCCAGCAGGCGCUUCAAACACUGAUUCAGGAGACUGACCCUGGUGCCGAUUACCGCAUUGAUAGAGCUUUGAAUGAAGCUUGUGAAUCUGUAAUACAGACUGCCUGCAAACACAUAAGAUCGGGAGACCCAAUGAUCCUCUCAUGCCUGAUGGAACAUUUAUACACAGAGAAAAUGGUAGAAGACUGUGAACACCGUCUGUUAGAGCUGCAGUAUUUCAUCUCCCGGGACUGGAAGCUGGACCCUGUCUUAUACCGCAAGUGCCAGGGAGAUGCUUCUCGUCUUUGCCACACCCACGGUUGGAAUGAAACCAGCGAACUUAUGCCUCCUGGAGCUGUGUUCUCUUGCUUGUAUAGACAUGCCUACCGUACUGAGGAACAAGGAAGGAGGCUCUCACGGGAGUGCCGAGCUGAAGUUCAAAGGAUCCUACACCAGCGUGCCAUGGACGUUAAGCUGGAUCCUGCACUCCAGGAUAAGUGCCUAAUUGAUCUGGGCAAAUGGUGCAGUGAAAAAACAGAGACCGGACAGGAGCUUGAGUGCCUUCAGGAUCAUCUUGAUGACUUGGCUGUAGAGUGCAGAGAUAUAGUCGGCAACCUCACCGAGUUAGAAUCUGAGGAUAUUCAGAUAGAAGCCUUGCUGAUGAGAGCCUGCGAGCCCAUAAUUCAGAACUUUUGUCACGAUGUGGCAGAUAACCAGAUAGACUCUGGGGACCUGAUGGAGUGUCUGAUACAAAACAAGCACCAGAAGGACAUGAAUGAGAAGUGCGCCAUUGGAGUCACCCACUUUCAGCUGGUGCAGAUGAAGGAUUUUAGGUUCUCUUACAAGUUUAAAAUGGCCUGCAAAGAGGACGUGCUGAAACUUUGCCCCAACAUAAAGAAGAAGGUGGACGUGGUGAUCUGCCUGAGCACCACCGUGCGCAAUGACACUCUGCAGGAAGCCAAAGAACACAGGGUGUCCCUGAAGUGCCGCAAGCAGCUGCGGGUGGAGGAGCUAGAGAUGACAGAGGACAUCCGUCUGGAACCAGAUCUGUAUGAAGCCUGCAAGAGUGACAUCAAGAACUACUGUUCCACAGUGCAAUACGGCAAUGCCCAGAUUAUUGAAUGUCUGAAAGAAAACAAGAAGCAACUAAGUACCCGUUGCCACCAGAAAGUUUUUAAGCUGCAGGAGACAGAGAUGAUGGACCCAGAACUAGAUUAUACGCUCAUGAGAGUUUGCAAGCAGAUGAUAAAGAGAUUCUGUCCAGAAGCAGAUUCCAAAACCAUGUUGCAAUGCUUAAAACAAAAUAAGAACAGUGAAUUGAUGGAUCCCAAAUGCAAACAGAUGAUAACCAAGCGCCAGAUCACCCAGAAUACAGAUUACCGCUUAAAUCCUGUGUUAAGGAAAGCCUGUAAAGCUGACAUUCCAAAAUUCUGUCAUGGUAUCCUGACUAAGGCUAAGGAGGAUUCGGAGCUAGAAGGUCAAGUCAUCUCUUGCCUGAAGCUGAGAUAUGCUGACCAGCGCCUCUCUUCAGACUGUGAAGACCAGAUCCGGAUUAUUAUUCAGGAGUCUGCUCUAGAUUACCGACUCGAUCCUCAGCUCCAGCUACACUGCUCAGAUGAGAUCUCCAAUCUGUGUGCCGAGGAAGCAGCAGCCCAGGAGCAGACAGGUCAAGUAGAGGAGUGCCUCAAAGUUAACCUGCUCAAAAUCAAAACAGAAAUGUGUAAAAAGGAGGUGUUAAACAUGCUGAAGGAAAGCAAAGCAGACAUCUUUGUGGACCCAGUUCUUCACACAGCUUGUGCCCUGGACAUUAAACACCACUGUGCAGCCAUUACCCCUGGCCGAGGGCGUCAAAUGUCCUGCCUCAUGGAGGCCCUGGAGGAUAAGCGGGUGAGAUUACAACCUGAGUGCAAAAAACGCCUUAAUGAUCGGAUUGAAAUGUGGAGUUACGCAGCAAAGGUGGCCCCAGCGGAUGGCUUCUCUGACCUCGCCAUGCAAGUGAUGACAUCCCCGUCAAAGAACUACAUUCUCUCUGUGAUCAGUGGGAGCAUCUGUAUAUUGUUCCUGAUUGGCCUGAUGUGUGGACGUAUCACCAAACGAGUGACACGAGAGCUCAAGGACAGGCAACAGUGCAGGUCAGAAACAAUGGCUGAUAAAGAUUUAGCGUGUUCUCAGGGUGUGCCUGGCAGUCCAACCUGACCUUUUUGCAGGCUCAAGGCCAACUUCCCAGACACUCCUUUAUGCCUCUACAUGGAGAGGGCGUGGAAAGUUAUUACAUUAGAAGAUGGAGGCUUUUUUUCUUUCUUUCUUUCCGUUACUGUGUAUACGCACUGUGUUAGGCAUUGGCUAAAUGUUGUACUUUGGUGAUUCAUCAGUCUUUUCAGAAUCUGAGCUUAAUGGAAGCAAUAUUCCUAGCCAUCCUCCCUUACCCUCCCAGUGUGGAGGUGACAGGUUUGGAGUGUACAGAGGGAGAGUGCAGGUAUCGGUUCUACCUGGCACAGCUUGGUUUGAAUUUCGGGCAUGGAGUCACAGUGGCUGCAUAAGAGAGUGGUGUGUACAGUAGGAGAUAUAUUUAUAUAAUAUAUAUUUUAUUAACCUGUUAGACGUCCACAAAGUAUUAUAAAUCAUGUGCCUAAAACUGUCUACAUAGACCAUGGCGCCCUUCCUCUCCUGCCCCUCCUUUGCCACUGUCCAUGUGUUCCGCGGACCUACACAACAUUUGUCUUCCCUGAAAUGUGUUCAGUACAAAGUGGGUCGGUUUGUGGAUCAGUUGAUCCAAAUUACUCCUUGUCUAUUCUGACUGACAUAUAUUUGAUACUGUGGUUUUCUUCUUUUUCUUUCAUUUCUCCUUGCUACCCUUCCUGGAGGCAGUGGGUCCCAGGACCCAGCUGUAUAUCCCCCCUGCCUAGGGUAAUACAAGUUGCCAAGGGGAGCCACAGAGCUGCUUGGUUCCCUCAGUCCUGCUCCUAGGGUCUUCCUGAUUCUCAGCAACUGUUGUAAGAUUCUUCAGUCUCAUAAAACUUGAAACUCUUGGAGUCUAAGCAGUACCCCCCACCACCACCACUGUUGGACUCAAUUGAGCUGGUCCAGACAGUUUGCCCUCAAGAGUUCCCACCUGGGCUGCUGAGGCUCAGGAUCAAGAAGUGGGGAUGUCCUCUAAAUGCAGCCCCCUCCCGCAGACAUGUCUGGUAUGGUUUACAGGAUAGGAUUAAUGUUCACCAUUUGGGGGGCUGGUGCCAUUCUCAUCUGUGCAGUCUCCCUCCCAAUACAUGUAAAACAUCUCCAUAAUUUAAUGUGUCUCAGUAUUUCUGUUCUUUUUGAGCUGAGACAAUCUUAUUCAUUGUGUGCAACAGAUGUAGAAGUUUGAGGAGUUAGAUUCUUGAAACUUUUGUCACCUUUAGAAAUGGUAAAAAUAGAAGGGAUAACUCUGCCUGUAUCUUCAAUUGCUUAUUUUAAGAAAGCAUUUCCCCAUCCUACUUGGAAUAGUUUUAUAUGACUGGUUCUUGAGACUCUAGGCAGUGUCAUGAGCAGUAUGCCUAGCACCGUCUGCACCUGCAGCCUACUGUAUCUGUUCUGUACUGCAUUUGGUAUAACAAAACAGGUUCUGGAGCACCUCUGGUUACCAGCCUCAUGGUUCAGUCAUGAUUGAAUCAGCUAGUCAAGAAGAAGAAACCAUGACCCUUGAGGAGGAGCUGAUGACAGAUUGUGGCAUUUAUCUCUUCUGAUAUCUAGCCCAUGAACAGUAACAUAAGGAGCAGGUGGGGUUUUUGCCAAGGCCAAGGCUCCUGGCAAUUGCUAAAAAUUACAGUAGCCAGGUAACUCCCCUGGCCUUAUUAGCUCACUCCAGUGCCUCAGGAACUCAUACUUACUGUGCUCUAUGACAUUCCAGAGACACCAGGAGGUCAGUCUCCUUGGCUGGAGGCACUAUAAAGACAAAAUCAGAAACCUGGACAAAAUGUCAAGAACAAGACUGACUGCUCCCUGUACUGGAGCGUCUCCCACAGAGGGUGGCUCCUGGAAUGAGACUUCACUUUAGUGCAUCCCUGGCCCUCCUCUGCUAUUGCUGCUGUCCCAAAAGAAGCCUGCUAGCAAGAUGCCCCGAGAUGGGAGUCCUAGCAAAGGCUCAGGUUCUCCCAUUACCUGGAGACCCUCUGCCAACACUCCCAGUCCCAGUUCUGUGGAUCCAGUCAGCUCGUUCUGAACCAGGGCGUCCUUAGAAGCUAGGGGAAUUCUAAUAUUUAGUGAACAGGUGUUGACUUGAAUUCAUUGCAGGCCUUCAGCAAUCUCACAUCCUGCACUUACUGUCCUGGGGGACAGAGAGCAGUUCUGCUGGUGGAGAGAGAAAGAUUCUGCUCUCCUAGAAGAUACGACAGAAAAUUACUAUUAGAGUUCAUCUCUUCCCAUUUCCUGAGGCCACAUAAUAGAAGAAUCCAACAGUCGAGAGGUCUGUAGCAUUCAUUUACAUUUCAUCAAAGUGGAAAGGGAGUUAUAUGCUGACUUCCUCUACCUUCCCAAGAGAAGAGCCACUCGUAUAUACGAGUGUGACUUUUGGAAAUGUCUCCCAUCCUCCCCACCCCCAGGCUGUGGUACUACUACUAGCCCAAAAUCCCCGCUACUGUGAUUCAUCAGGGAGGGGUAGAUUACUUCAUGGGACCUCCUUUGUUAGCUGACCUCAAAGUUUCUCUGAGAAAAGGCCUUCAUUUCCUAUUUCUUCCCCUCCUCCAACAAAAAAAGAAAUGCUCUUCACAGAUAACUUACACUAAGUAAACACAUGUGGAGAAGGAAACUAGAAUUGAGACCCUUGGAAUCCAGCCCGCCCAGCCUGACACAUUCAACCUGAAUUUUGGCCAUAGAACAAAAAGAAGAAUAUGGCUUUCAAAUGAGGUGCAUUUUGAUGUGUUUACUUGUAUUUCAGCUGCUUAUAAAUUCUAAAAACCUCAGAGAUCCCUUUUAUUUCUCACUGUUUGGACAGCACCAAAGCAGUGCUAUAAAAUGCAGCAAUCCAGUGUCCUGGGUUUUCCUGGGCUUUUAGAGACACUCCUCACCUCCACAUUGGUCUUUGAUUCCCAAAGGCCUAGGCCCAGAGCAGAUGUUGUUCUGGCCUGCUUCUCUCUCGUUGUCUUCAGUUGCCCACCUCUCUAACUCCACUGCUCGUAGUCCUCCUCUCCACCAGGCAAUCGAGAAUCACGUUAGGGCAAUCAAGUGUGAAGCUGAAUCCCCCUUCCUGGCCAGACCUCAGACAGCAGAUAAGUCAUUAGCAGACAGACUGACUCUUCAGAGCGGCAAGUUCCCCCAACCUAUCUAGUGAGGUCACUGGAGACCCAGGGACUAUUUGCAUCUGAGCUCAAAGGUGUGACAGUCAGCUGGGGCUGGUGGUGACAGGAUCCUGACAGUGGUUUUCUCUCCUUCCCCCUUCCCAAGAUCCACUGCAAUGCGCAGGGAGGGAUGUUGGGAUACAUGCAGUGGAGAAAUCUCCCUGGGCAAGGAGAAAAUUCAGAUAGUGCCUCUAUAUUUUGUUUUUGCCUUCACCCAACAUAGAAUUGACACCUGGACCCAGAGCCCAGCAGGCCCUAUGUCAGACAUGGUAGGGUGGUUUAAACAGGUCCCCCAGUCAGACUGCAGUGUACUGGAUGGAGUGGCUUCUCCCAGCACAGUGUUCCCAUGUCAGUCCAAACAGGAAAACAGACUGUGCAGCAAAUGCUGUGUGAGAUCUUAGGCCUUUAACUUUUUUUUAAGAAAGAAAAGUAAAAUUAACAAGCCUCUUUUGUAAAUGAUUUUCCUUUCUAUGUAUAAAAUCCCUGCAGUUCCUUGUUUUUACAUGUUCAUGCUGUGUAAUUUUGAGAUGUGACUGAGAUUCUGAACAUAAUGUGCAUUUUUUUCUGUACAGAUGAAAUGGGAGAAUUUAAUAAAGAGUUUGCAGGUUUUUACUUGUUAAACCUUCUCUGUGGUGACUGGGAGGACUCUCCAACCACCUGCUCUGCUAGUAAAAGUCGAUGGAGCUGUGAGCACCAACUGUGAACUUGUCACUGAUGCUCACAAAACUUGUUAGGUUUUUAGUAUUCUUGGUUAAUUAAGUCAAGCAGAAUAGGACCACAGGACUUUUAGAAGAGAGAGGGAAAUCAGAUCUGGGUUUUUCUGACUCUCAGACUGAUGUAUCUAGAAUUAUUCAUUCUACUGCUGUGUUUAGGCCAUGUCCUGAGGCUCCUUCCUGGGGAGAGCACCUACCUGGAACCUCUUAUAGAUACAACACAUGGAUGGUGCCUGGUCUAGUGGCUGCCUUCCAGUUGAGGUACAGAGGUAGGCCACAUUUACUUUCUGUGCCCUGACCAGUCCUGGGAUCAGUGACUGCUGUGACACCCUUGCUGAGCCUUUUCUUCUACCUCCUCCACUCAGCAAAGCUAAUUUGCAUCUGGGUGUUUAAAAAAUAAUAAAUGAAUUUGCAAGGUAGCAAAGAUUUCUUGAAGUCGUAAUGUCCGUAAUAGGAUUCCAGUAAUUGGAUGUUUGGUGAGAAAGGAAUGGGUAACCUGGGACCCACAGUUUCUUCUUAGAAACUUCAAAUCCAUGUCGGCAGCUAUAACGUAGGAGGUGGUGGGCCUGGGUAAAGAGUGGAGGCUGGAAGAAGGCAAAGAGUAGAGGAAAGUCCUUUUGAGUCCCAACUACAGAUAGUCCUGCAUGUAGGAAGCUGUGGGCAGCCAUCAGCCCUGAAUGGGAGCAGUCUAGUACCAGGUGCUCUUGAGUAUCCUAGAGGAGCUGCCUGCUUGGUGUAAGUGUAGGCAAUGAGGUGCAGGGUUCAAGCUCUCUACCCCGGUACCUCACAAGGGAAAAAUGGCUCACCAGCCCAGCUAUACUUGGCCACUCCAGGGAAUGCUCAGCGGUGAUAGGGAACAUGCUGUCCAGCUGAAGCGUCAGCAGUCUCAGAAUCAAUCGCCCCACCCCAAAUCAUCUGUGUUUGAUUUUUCUGAUAAAAGAUGCUUGAACUUCUGCCCUGCCCAGCAGUCCACUCUUCUGAGCCUUCCUUCUCUUCUUCCCUCAUCACUACUAACCAAAGCUUCCUACAAGGGGGCUCCACCAUCUACCCUUUUUUUCCUAAGCCCACUGUCACCUGCUCCAUUGCUGUCCUACACCCUCAGACUCACCCUGAUAGAGCAGAUGGGUACCUUCCCCAAAGAUAAACUGGCCUGAAAAACACAUGGCACAGUAGUAGGUGCCCUCAUCAGCAGAGCUGGCAUUGCCCACAGUAAGGUAUAUGGCAUUCUGGGCCGGGUCUAUGUCUGCCAGGUUGGGGGAGGCCCUUCGUGCUGACUUGGCAGAAACCUGACUUAUCAGCUGCUGGUACCAAGACAAGACAUGGGCCCUGGCAGGGCUGCCCUGCACUGCACACCCCAGAUGUGCGAGUUACCUUGUCCACUCAUCACAGAAGGCUGAGGCUGGAGGCACCUGGAGAGGCAGAGAGGAUAGUGACUAUUCUACUCCAUGGUCAUUUAUGAGGCAUUUACUCUCAGCCCAAACUAGUGUGAGGUCUUUCUAGAGAACCAUUUGUCAAUACCUAUGAAAACUGUUACUGGUUUUCUAGCAAUUCUAUUUUCACUUAUCCUAUAAAAAUGAUUGAACUCAUAUAUAUUGGUAUGCCUACAAGGAUAUAAUUAUAAUAAUCUUUAUAGUAAUGAGAAACUAAACAACUAUAAAUAGAGCAGAGGUUAAGUUUUAAAGUGAAACACCCAUAUCAUACAAUACUCUGCAGUUCCCAAAAAGGAAAAUUGGGAUUUCCGCUUCUGGGUAGGAUGGAGUAGUUUGCAGUCGAAUAUUGCUCCCAGUGAGAACAACUAGAAAAGCUGGUGAAACAGGUGAUUUUUGUGGUUUAAGAGAGUUGCAGAAGCAGCAGUAACCAGGGAAGUUAAGAUUGUGGAGAGGGGAGAACCAUGGCGAGGCAAGUUGACAGUCUGCAGCCAUUUGCAUUUGCCAGUUCUGGCAAGAGGCUGAGGAUCCAGGAUUCCCCAGGCAGAAGUCUUCAGGUGGGACAAGAGAAAUUAGCAGUGUUUUUAUAGUGUUGCACCCUGGAGUGACAAAAUUAAAGGCUUCAAGGACCUUAAAAAUAGGCUGUUUUCAUACCUUUACUGAAGUCUGAAAUUUUACAAGAUGGGAACCUAAAAAGCUAAGCCCAAACUUCUUUGUAAAGCAGCCAGAAUUUUGCAGAAUCAGUGCCAAGAAGAUAAAGGGCAGAGUUCAAGACCUCUCAAAAGGAAACAUUCCAGUGAAUAAACCAGGAUUUCCUUUGAAAGCCCUAAAGGGGUAAGCCCUAGGAACCAUUUGACAACCACCAUAGUAGUAAUUGCUCAGGUGAGAAGCAAUCAGUAGGUGAUAAAACUUCUGGGUGAAUGUUUUGGGGUUUUAUUUUGUGUGUGUGUGUGUGUGUAGAACAGGAUACUCAUAUAAUUUCUCAAAAUACCUCCCCCUAAAUUACUUAACUACAGAGAGAAGAAAAAAUAGUAAUUUACCAUGGAGAAACCUGGCUGACACAGCUUAACCAUAUGGAAUGGGACAAAUAGAUAUUAUGUGCCUGUUGCUAGAAUGCAUUGAGAACACAACAUCCCUCUUGUGGUAAUCCUUUCAAAAAUGCGUAGCCUGAAUCUAAUCAUGAGGAAACACCAGACAAACCCAAACUGAGAGACGCUCUAUAAAAUAACUGGCCUCCACUCCAUCAUGGAAGAUAAAAAUUAUGGAACUAUUCCAAAUGAAAGAAUACUUAAAGAGACAUGAUAACUAAAUGCAGUGUAUGAUCAUGGAUUGGAUCUUGGACCAGAAAUUUUUUUAAAUUUUGCUCUAAAGAAUAUUGGUGGGAGAAUUGGUGAAAUUUGAAUAAAAUUUGUAGAUUAAA